ACAUCGCACCCACUUCAAAAGUUAUUCAGGCUCGAAGUGGACGUGAUCAAGAGACAGCGAUCGUUCAACGAGAUACAGACUCACGUCCCGAGGCAUUCUUUGGAUGUGUAACCUUUAAGAAAACAGAAACGGUGGGAGUGGGAGUAAUUGGAUACACUGUGGGUAUCCACGUAGGGGAAAUAUUCUUUGACAUACCGGAAUUCAUCUGAUACUAUAAUAAUAUCAUAACUGACCUGCACACAACAGGUGAAUUACUUAAAAUUGAACUGAUCUAAUAAUCAGCGUUUUAUCCUGUAUUAAACGGACUUGAAUCUAUUCCCUUAGAAUGAGUACAUUAGCGGCACAGAUUGCGGCCACACUUAUAUUUAUGUGGGGAUAUUGUGCGCUGUGUGAGUCCUUUUUUACCAACUUCACGUUUAACGAGGACUUGCACUCCAGCUUCGUGGAGCGGCGCCUCCGCAGUCAAGAGCGCAGGGACAUGCAGCGAGAGAUCCUUUCCAUCCUGGGACUACCGCACCGGCCGCGGCCGCAUCUCCAAGAGAAGCGCAGCGCUGCGCCCCUCUUCAUGCUGGAUCUGUACAAUGUCAUCUCCACCGACGGACGGCAGGACCUGAAGCCGUACAAGCCCGUCUUUACCACCCAAGAACCGCCGAUCGCCUCUCAACAGGACAGCAACUUUCUCAGCGAUGCCGACAUGGUCAUGAGUUUUGUCGACUUGGUGGAGCAUGACAGGAAGUCCUUCCCUGUGCGGCGUCACCACAGGGAGUACCGCUUCAACCUGUCACAGGUCCCCGAGGGGGGCUCCGUCACCGCCGCAGAAUUCCGCAUCUACAAGGACUUUGUCCACGAGCACUUUGAGAAUGAGACCUUCCGCGUCAGAAUCUACCAGGUGCUGCAGGAGCACGCAAACAGGGAGCCUGAAUUACUGCUGCUGGACUCACGAGUCACCUGGGCUGCCGAAGAAGGUUGGCUGGUGUUUGACAUCGCUGCCACCAGUGAGCACUGGUCCAUCCACCCAGGAUGGGACCUGGUCCUGCAGCUGGCCUUGGAGAGCAUGGACGGUCGGAGUAUGAACCCCAAGCUGGCUGGGCUGGUGGGCCGCAGUGGACCCCAAAACAAACAAGCCUUUAUGGUGGCCUUCUUCAAAGCUGCCCAGAGCCGCUCACGCAGAGCCCGUUCUGCUGGCCCCAAGCAGCGGGGCCCCGGCCGGCCCAAGGUCCCCAAGAACCAGGAGGCACCGAGAGGCACCAGCACUGCAGGAAACAGCAGCACAGAUCAGAAACAGGGCUGCAAGAAGCACGAGCUCUUUGUCAGCUUCAGGGACCUGGGCUGGCAGGAUUGGAUCAUCGCGCCAGAGGGCUACGCUGCCUACUACUGUGACGGCGAGUGUGCCUUUCCCCUCAACUCGUACAUGAACGCCACCAAUCACGCCAUCGUGCAGACGCUGGUCCACUUUAUAAACCCAGAGACGGUGCCCAGGCCCUGCUGUGCCCCCACUCAGCUGCACGCCAUUUCUGUUCUCUAUUUCGACGACAGCUCCAACGUCAUUCUGAAGAAGUAUCGCAACAUGGUAGUGAGAGCUUGCGGCUGCCAUUGACAGAACUGCCGGUCAUCACCUGAUAGUACCGUGAUUCAGUGGGACAGGUUGGGAUACAAAGAGAGCAGACUUCCUCCCAGCGGUGGACCAUAGACUCAAAGAGCCCUUACCCACAAUUUACAGGAUGUCAGACGGUUACGUGCAGUCUUGUUGCCCACAAGGAGGUUGGACAGUUGAUCUUUGCGGGGUGGGCAGUGUGGAUACACCAAUACAUGGAGAACUUUUGAAGAUCGCCCAGUUCAUCUCUCUCAGAUGUAUGGGACUUGAACGUGUCAUGUGACCUACUUGCCUUUUCCAACUGACCAAUGAGAAUGAGCACUGUUGAUGACAGGCAUCCCAUUUGAUGGCUCAGGAUCAUGAAGUGGGGAAUUAUUAUUAUUAUUAUUAUGGUGGUCUGGUGGUUAGAGGCAUUGUUUUACAGGAGUGAGCUUACUGUAUUAAG